CCUGCUGCUGCGCGUUCGGCGGGGGAGGAGUCGGAGGCGGAGAAGAAGGCGGUGGUGGCGGGUGGAGGAUCGAGCGCCGUUCUCGCUCCGGAGCCGCUGCACAUUUCGGAAUAUUUUGCAACUUACCCAUUGUGUGAGUAAAAAGUGAAUUGCAACAUAAUUCUGCCGAACUGGGCACACAGAAACUGCCACAUAUGUCACAGUACACUGAAAAAGAGCCAUCAGCAAUGGACCAAGAAUCCAGCAAGGCUGCCUGGCCCAAACCAGCAGGAGGAUAUCAGACAAUUACAGGCAGGCGAUAUGGAAGAAGACAUGCAUAUGUUAGUUUUAAACCAUGUAUGACCAGGCACGAAAGAAGCUUAGGUCGGGCUGGUGACGACUAUGAGGUGUUAGAACUAGAUGAUGUUCCAAAGGAAAAUUCCUCAGGUUCCAGUCCACUGGAUCAAGUUCAUUCUUCUUUGCUCAGUGAAUCCACAUUUGAAAAAAAUGAAACAGAAAUUCCCUCUUGUGGUACAGCAUUGAAUCAAACUAUUGAGAGCAGCCCAUCCUUUGUUGCAGUGCAUCAUAGUGAGGAAGGCAGGGAGGCCUUAGAAAGCAGUGCAGAUCUCCAUAAUCACUCUGAGUGCGAGUAUACUCCAGGAGCUUGUAAUGCUUCCACUGUCCAAAAUGGAAUUGCAUUGGUUCAUACUGACUCUUAUGAUCCAGAUGGCAAACACGGAGAAGAGAAUGAGCGUCUUCAACUUCCUGCAGAAGUUGUUGAAGAUGGUAGAUAUCAGCAAGCAUUAGGCAAUACAAUAUGUGAGUUGGCAAAUGGAGAGGCAGAGAUGUACAAUGGUCUUUCCCCACCAGUUCCCUCUUUUAACUGUGACAUCAGAGAUGAGUUUGAAGAGUUAGAUUCAGCAGCUUUAGUGAAAAGUUCUACUGUCCAUCCGAACAACCAGGAAUUUCAGAGGUGCUCUUCUGAAGAUGAAGUUGUGAGGAAGAAACAGCAAAAUACUACUAUCCAGGAAGGACAGACAGAAAGUUCAGCUGAAGAUGCAGGCUGUGCUCCAGGGCAUGCUUGUAGGGAACAAAAUUUCCUGGAGAGGGACAGCCAUCGAAGUUCUCCUGAACAGGUAGUGAGGCCAAAAGUUAGAAAACUGGUAAGUUCAAGCCAGGUGGACCAAGAAACAGGUUUUAGUAGGCAUGAGGCUAAACAAAGAAGUGUUCAGAGAUGGAGGGAGGCUUUGGAAGUUGAGGAAUGCAGCAAAGAUGAUCCCUUAAUAAAAUGUGAAGAAUAUGAUGGAGAACAUGAAUGUAUGUUCUUGGAUCCACCCUACUCAAGAGUUACACAAAGGGAAACAGAAAAUAAUCAAAUAGCAGCAGAAAGUGGAGCCACUGCAGGAAGGCAAGACGUUGGAGAUAAUGCCUUUUGGAAUGGCUGCGGAGACUAUUACCAACUCUAUGACAAAGACGAAGAUAGUUCAGAAUGCAGUGAUGGGGAGUGGUCUGCUUCUUUGCCUCAUCGAUUUUCUGGUACCGAGAAAGAUCAGUCCUCAAGUGAUGAGAGCUGGGAGACCCUGCCAGGAAAAGAUGAGAAUGAACCUGAGCUCCAGAGUGAUAGCAGUGGUCCUGAAGAAGAAAACCAAGAAUUGUCUCUUCAAGAGGGGGAACAGACAUCCUUGGAAGAGGGAGAAAUUCCUUGGUUACAGUACAAUGAAGUCAACGAGAGCAGCAGUGAUGAGGGGAAUGAGCCUGCCAAUGAAUUUGCACAGCCAGAAGCUUUUAUGUUGGAUGGUAACAACAACCUUGAGGAUGACUCCAGUGUGAGUGAAGACUUAGAUGUGGACUGGAGCCUAUUUGAUGGUUUUGCGGAUGGACUAGGAGUUGCCGAAGCUAUUUCUUAUGUGGAUCCUCAGUUCCUCACCUACAUGGCACUAGAAGAACGCUUAGCCCAGGCCAUGGAGACUGCGCUAGCACAUUUAGAGUCUCUUGCAGUGGACGUGGAGGUGGCCAAUCCGCCGGCCAGUAAGGAGAGUAUCGAUGGUCUUCCAGAAACCCUCGUUCUUGAAGAUCACACUGCUAUCGGGCAGGAGCAGUGCUGCCCGAUCUGCUGCAGCGAGUACAUCAAGGACGACAUCGCCACCGAGCUGCCCUGUCACCACUUCUUCCACAAGCCCUGCGUCUCCAUCUGGCUCCAGAAGUCGGGAACGUGCCCUGUGUGCCGCCGUCAUUUCCCUCCUGCAGUCAUCGAAGCCUCCGCAGCUGCUUCCUCGGAGCCUGAUCCUGAUGCCCCGCCUGCAGGCGACAGCACUGCGGAAGCCCCCUAAACCCGAGCAGUUGAAAUGCGAUCAGUCUAUCAAAAUAAAUCUGCAAAUUCCUUCUAAAGCUGAUGUGCAAAUAAUUAUAUAUAAAUAUAUUAAAAUGCUAUAUAUAGAAUAUGCCAUAGUUUAGAAAGAGAAUAUUAACCUUUCUAAACUAACUUUAGGUUUGCAGAAAGUACUAAACGUUUCCGAGCUGAAUGUUGAAGCAGUGCAUCCGUUUUCUUUAGUUGAAUAUGUUGGUGUCCAUUGUAAAGUCGACCUUACCAGUUUACUCUCUGCAGAAGAAAUAAUCGUCUAUGUGGCACACAUGAUUGGUUUUGUCUAAAGUCCUGCCACAGAGUGGUUAUCAUUCAGCUCUCCUGUUUGCAUCAAAUGUGAAGUCGGUGAUCACAACAGUAGUACAACUUGGUUUCAUUAGAAAUAAGGCAAAGUCUAAAGCACGCUGUGUCGCUGGUCCCUCUGCUUCCGGUGCACCAGGCCCUCUUGGUUCCUAAUACCGAGAAGGGUGGUUUUUUUGGAAAAUGCCUGUUUUCUCUUCUUGGUUCUAAGUUGAACUUUUUCAGAAUGCCAAACAACAGAGCAUUACAAAAUGUUUACAUCUUAGAUGUAACCCCCGGAAAUGGGUUGGCAGUAAAACAACCUAAUUAAUAAAACCCUGAUGUGCUAGGAGUGAGGGUAGUAAAGCGGAUGAGGACUCGGGCACCCCGUGCUGAGUGCAGCGAGAUGCGUGAGGUGGCCUUGGGAAACUCCGAGCGCUCAUGCAGCCUGUUUUUGCUUGGUCACAGGUAUCCUUGAAGGCCCAGAACAUGCGUGGCAUAUUGGUUUAGUAAGUAUUAGAUAGAUGGUUUAAGAUAAUUUUGGUUCUGAAAUAUUUUGUAAGGUCUGAAAGCUUGCACAGGAUCAUCUUUGUAAUUGUAUAGCCCCAAGUAAGAUGGCACGGCUUUUUCCUUGAGGUGAUCACACACAGUGGACAGAUGGGUACAGAUGUGGGUAUGACGGUCCACGCGCACGUGCGGUGUCAUAGUAGCACCGGGGGACACGGGCUUCUAGCAGAUCCCACUGAAGCAGGUAAAAUAGGCAAGCAUAUAGGAGCUCUCCAUCCGAGUGGCCCAUUGAUAAUUUAAUUUGGACACAUAAAAGGAAUAUUUAUAUGCCUUCCCAGGUACAUUUUAUUUGUGUAAUUUCUCUGAAUAUUUGAAUUCUGUCUCUUUUCUCCAUUCUUAAAAAUAAAUGAAUUUUCACUGUUGGCACAUUUGAGGCUUAAAUAUAAAGAACCUAACACUUGCAUUCUAAUUUUGCAUAUAUUGUAAAUGUGUCUGGUAUUUACAGCAAAAUACUGUGUAUCCUUUUAUGGGUAAAACAAAAGUGAACAUUGCAUGCAUGUAAUGUGGUGAAUUUGUAAUUUAGGGGUUCUUUGGGGCUUCUGUGACUUUGGAAAUGCUUACAUUCAGGCCUUAAUGUUGCAUUAGCUAGCAUGUUUUCCUUCUGAUGUAUAUAGUCAUGUUGUAUAAACUAAUCUUUGCUUGUUUUCUACUCUGUGAUCUUUCCAUACCAUAUUUCAUUGAGGAUCAGUUAGUGUCAAGGAGUCAAAUCAGAUUAAAGUUAAUUCUCAUGUGUAUAUUGUGGAAAUCCGUAGCUAGUACGAUUUUGUUUCUUUUUAAGUAAUGUUGAUCAGUUGCAACACAGGUUAACUUACACUACCACAGACUUCUCCAUAAUAAGCCACACAUUAUAUUUAGGCAGUAUUAAGGGACCUUGGGUUUCCUCUAGAUAGCAGCUGUCCCAAAGAAAAUUCUUUCUUCUUUGCCUGUUAAGAUUUAGCUGUUAUCUGCCAGUUGUUCAGAUUUUGGUUCCAAACUCAACCUAGCAGCGUUGAGAGCCGAACUUAAGAGAACGGUUGUACUUUUUGCUUUCCAUCUGUUACCGCCCUUCAUUCUUGGCUCCCUAUAUCUAUACACAGCUGCUGUGCAGGAGAAAAGUUGACUGAGAGUUGGCUUCAAUUUUUUUACAAAAAGCGAUGAUGGAGAGUGUAGGAUUUUUGUGGUAAUAAGCUGGUGUAAGCUAGGCUGACAAGUUCAGACGCCCAAAUAUUAUUUGAUUUCUCUUGGAUCCUUUUGAAAAAGUUAAGAAUAUAUGAAGGUAAAUUAGAAAUAAGUAUGAAUAUUAAUAAAAUAUCGUUUAUUUCUCUAUUUUAUGUUGUGACUUGACUAAUAAUUUUAUUUUUUGAACAUUUUCUUAUUUCUUGUAAUAUGAAUGCUUAUAUUUAAAAAUAGAUCCAUGUGGUUUUCUUUUGUGUUUUCUUGUUUAAACUAACUCUUUAAGAUUAUUUGUGAUCUGGAUUUAUAUAUAUGCUGUUAAAUAUAUAUGAGCUGUUAAAAUGGAAUGCAAGUUUUUCAAAAGCCCAGGUCUAAAUGUAAUGAUUGGUUUAUUGUUCCACAAUUCCAGUCCAUCAUUUUCUGUGUAAAUCAUAAACAAUAAACAGGAUGUACUCAGUG